AUGGAGAAGAUUGUAAAAGGCGCCACAAAAAUCAAGUUGGCUGCGCCCAAGUCCAAGUACAUCGAGCCCAUACUGUCUGCCACGCAUGGCGGAGAAUCAGGUGCCGCCGAAGUCUUCCGUACUCUGCAACUUCGUCUGCGAGACUCGACAUGGACCAUUGUCUUCAAGGCGUUAAUCGUGGUCCAUCUCAUGAUAAGAGAGGGUCAGCCCGAGGUUACUUUGAGGUACAUAUCCGAAUCGCCCAAGAGGUUGGCAAUCAGCAGUUUCACAGAAGGUCAAACUCAAGGUCUUAAUAUCCGAAGGUACUCGGAAUACUUGUUGGAGCGAGUGCGAGCCUUCCGUGAUACCAAGACAGACUUCGUCAAGUCAGGAGCUGGGAAGAUGCGCAGACUGACGGUCGAGAAAGGGCUGUUGAGGCAAACCGAGAUUGUGCAGGAUCAAAUCGAGGCGUUGGUGCGAUGUGAUUUGCUGGGCACCCAUGAUCCGGAUAACGAAAUUUCACUGACGGCUUUUCGUCUUUUAACGCUGGACUUGCUGGAGCUCUUCAAGGUGAUGAACGAGGGCACUAUCAAUGUUCUAGAACAUUACUUCGAGAUGUCCCGUCCUGAUGCUGAGCGGGCGCUGCAAAUUUACAAGACCUUUGGCAGGCAGACGGAAAUGGUGGUGCAAUAUCUCAGCCUUGCUAGACAGUAUGAAAUGUCGACUCGCUUGGAGGUUCCACGAUUGAAGCACGCACCAACCACCCUGACGAAUGCUCUGGAAGAAUAUCUUAAUGAUCCGGACUUUGAGCUCAAUCGAAGACAAUAUCUGGCGCAGCAAGAAGCGAAAAGAACCGGGAAGCCAGUUUCUGCCGCUCCAUCAUCCAAUCCCUUCGACAAGCCGGCAACAAAAGAAGCUGCAGCGACAUCAUCUGUAGCCAAACCGCAACCCUUGCAGUCACCGCCUAAAGGUCCAGCACCAGAUCUGAUUGACUUCUUUGAGUCCAUUGAGCAGAACCAGCAAACAAUGGGUCAAGCAAACUUCAAUCCGCAGCCUCAAUUUCAGCAGGGAACACCCCAAGCCCAGUCAUAUCAGCAAGCACCUGUGCCUCUCCAGAUGGGGUACAAUCCCUUUCUGCAGCAACAGCAGACGUUCCAAAGUCAGGCUCUGCCGCAGGCUCAGACUCAACCUCUGCAAACAGAUUUCACAGGGGCAGGGUUCGGUGGAUAUGGAGCUCAGCCACAGCAGCAGGUACCGCCAGCAGGGGGAUUCCAGUUUUCCACACAGCUGUCACCGAUCCCUCAGAACGGCGUGGCGAACUUCCAGUCACAAUCGUUUCCGUCGGCUCCGCUGUCUCCAAUACAACCACAGCAAACAUCCACCAAUCCGUUCCGGCAGUCCACGAUGAAUACCGGAAGCACUCCAUUUUCCCCUGUCAGUCCUCCUGCUCCUGCCCGGUCGUCGACCAAUCCAUUUGCGAAGCACAACACUGGUGCCAUUCCCAACCACGACCACACGGCAGGGACCAUGCACGACCAGACAACCCUCUCUCCAAUCUCUCCAGAGCAACCUUUUCCUUCGAACCCAUCCUUCCUCUCGUCUCCGCCGCCUCUCCAACCUCAAAGAACAGGUACGAAUCCGUUCGCGAAGAACCGGCCGACAACGUCUGGAGGUCCAGUGACAACAAACGUGACGGGAAGCACCAAUCCAUUCCGACAAAGCGCCUUUGUCAAUCAACAGACAGGUCAGGGCUGGCAGCAUAGCAAUCAGGGCACGCUGUUGGGAUUUGACGUGAAUAAUGUAGACACGGUGCCAGUAUUUCCAAGGCCCGGACACGGUUAA